AUGAUGACAUUUACUAAGGCUACUUUUUUUUUUUUAGUUGUUGGAUUUAUAAUUUAUGUAAUUGAUAUUGGAGUGGACUUUUGGGUAGCUAGUAAAUAUUUCUGUCAAGGACAAUAUUCUUGGAGUAUAUCGAUACUGUGUUUCAGAGGUCUUUCAUCAUUAGUAACUCAGAUAUUCAGUUAUGAGUGGUUUAAAAAUGACUGGGAAGGACCUGAUACUGGGAAGCUGAAAUGGAUUCGUCUAGUUCAUCUCUUUCAGUGCGGAAUUUUUAUAAGGUAUUGGUUUGCUUUGAAAUAUGGCUACCAAGCUGCAUUUAAACAGAAGAGCAGCACGGAUGCAUCAGGAACAUACCCUCCCAACUUAAUUAAAAAACAAGCGAUUGAUACAAUGACUGAUAUUAACAUGCUCAAGGUGUUCAAGACUUUUCUUGAGACUACACCACAACUUUUUGUCCAGAUUUACACCCUCAUGGAAUGUGGCAAAGAUAAUUUCUAUAAAUAUGCUGCCGCUAUGAUGUCUCUUUGUGGUAUCUCUGUUUCAAUGGUUGAUUAUCAGAUAUCAUUACGAAAAUCUCUGCCUGACAAAGAUAAAUUUCGUGAGCCUUCCAAGUUCAUAUAUCUUCUCUAUAAACUGCUUACCAUCUCUUCUUGGAUACUCAGUAUUUUGCUGGUCACUCUAUUAAGUGUUAGAAUUUCUGCAAUUCUGCUGAUAUUUCUUUGGAUCUGUGGCUUCGCCUGGACUUUGAAACAACACACAACAUUUUGCAAAUCUAUGAAGAUGGAAUACCUAUACAGAACUAUUGUUGGAAUAAUUCUAAUUUUUACAUUUUUUAACAUAAAGGGGAGAAGAACAAAAGUUUGCAUUUCCAUUUAUUAUGCUACUCACACUGUUGUAACUCUAGGUAUUUUGUUUGUAUAUGUGUUCUGGAAACCUUCCGUUAUCAAGGAAAUAUGUUUUACAAUUGCGAGCAUCUUAACUAUUUUUGGUCUGGUGUUAGGUAUUAUUUUUCUUGUUGUUUAUUAUAAAUAUUUUCAUCCCACUACUUAUUGCAAACCACAGGCACAUUUAGAUGAAAAUGACGGAGUGACAGAACUAAUAGAUAGAGUGAAACCUGAUAGAUUUCAAAAUUUCCUAAUGCAAUGA